AUAAAAAAGGCUUGGCACAACAAAAACGUGCACAAAAAUAGUCCACAAAAACAAUAAAGCUUGAAAAAUCUAGCCUCAUUUUUCGGUAAACACAAGCAUAUUUUCAAGUCCCAAAAUACUAUGUUUGAACAUAGCCUAGCUGUUCACAUGAAGCGUUCCGGCGGGUUGUAGAACAAUGGGCUGUCUGUGACAGAAGAUCCUGUCCCCGAGCUGAGAGGAGCUGUGGCUGACAUGGCGCGCUCACCGCCCGCUCGAACGUUCUCCUCACAACAAUGGGACAGGCAGUGUGCGCGCCUUCUAGAACACAACUGUCCCGACCAGGGAGGGAGCGGGGGGCGGGGCCUCAGCACUGUAUCUCCCACCUCCCCUCAUAGUGAAUGGGAGGAGGCGACGGCGAAGCCUGACUGUAUGUGUUAUUACAUACUUCCUGUGGUAUAUUUAUGAGCGUGAAGUCAAUUUCCGGUAGCAGCGCCGGACCAGCUCCCCUCCUCCCCGUGUGCCGUCUCUAGUUGUAUCCCCCUCGUAUCUCCUCCCCUGGCUGGCCGAUAUAAGAUCAUCGACUAGGCGGAGCUGCGGGGAAAGGGGAUACUGUCUAGGUUAUUAUACCCCUCCCUCACAGCGGUGGAUGGGGGAGAGGAGUCCCCCUAAAAGAGAACGACAGGAGAGGACAUAUAUAACAUCGCAGUAGGAGACAGCCAUUCAAUAACACCAGAACUUAUCACAUACUUCAGCCAUAGAGCACAGCCUGGAAUUCCUAUGGGGAUCCACCUGCAGGAAGAGGCCUCCUGAUCUGAAACAAUGGAAGAUUGUCUUCAUACCUCUUCAGAAAACCUCUCCAAGUUAGUAAGUUGGGCCCAUAGUCAUGGGACCAUUUGUAGCCUUAUUCCAAACCUAAAGCACUUACUCUCUGAGGGGUCCCAUGGCACUCUUACCGCUAUGUGGGGAUGCAGUGCUGGGCAUGCAUACCACUGGCCAUUGACUACAACGUGUAGGGCAGGCCCUCAGGAGAGAGUAUGCUUCCAGGACAAUAGAAGCUUCAACUCAGACAGUCCGAGUAUAAUUGGUGUGCCAUCAGAGACUCAAACAAGUCCAUUGGAAAGGUACCCUGGGAGACCAGGAAAGUCUAAGCUUGAUUGCAAUAGAACAAGAGACUCAUGUGAUUUUUCCUACUGUAGUGAACCAUCAGAGCUAGAUGAGCCAGUGGAAGAAUAUGAAGAUGAAACCACAUUGUUUGAUAUGGUGUGUGAAUCUUCUGCGACUGAUGAAGAUAGUGAUUUUGAGCGCAGAGCUCAGCAGUCUCCUAAUGUUUCUCGCAAGAGGCCAAGUGGAGAGCUUAAUUCUUCUCUUUCUGGAUCUCAGUCACAUAUUGCUGAUGAGGACAGUAGUGAUGUAAUUGUAAAGAAAAUCAAGCAGGAAAAUCCUGAAGAUUAUUACAUUGUUGCGAAUGCAGAACUUACUGGUGGUAUAGAUGGGCCCACGCUAUCAUUAACACAGAUGACCAAGCCGAAGAAUCAGACUCCUUCCACACCUCCUUUUAUGGGACCAACUAAACCACCUAGCAUUUUGCCUCCAUCUUUGAGCAAUGAUUUAGACAUACAAGCUAUUACACCUUCCCCAUUGGUUUUACAAAGACCCCCACUCCAGAAACCGGCAAGGCCACCCUUGCCAUCACAAAGUAAAGCACCAUCAAAUACCCCAAUUGUGAGUCAACAAUUAGGAAUCCAGAUGCCCGUCAGCACCUCCACAGGAAACCCUAGUCAACCUAUCAGCAUACCUUUAUCAGCACUUCAGUUUCCAGGACAGGAAAAGAAAGAGGUUUUGGAAGAGCUGCUUCCACCUGUACUGAAACCAGCAUUGCCCUGUGACUUGGCACUCUCACCAUCAGUUAGUGCUGAGCCUGAAGUUAGCUCCAGUCAACAACAGCCAAGUACCAUCCCCAAUAUUAACUGUGAAGGACCUGGACAGUCUAUUCCAGCAUACUCAACCAAACUCAACAGAUUCCCCAUCUUUCAUUUUCAUGAUGACCUGAAAGAUCUCUGUAUCAGCGCUGUGAGCUCAAACACAACCAAAGCUACUCUGUAUGCUUUAAAUGUCUGGAGAUACUGGUGUAUGACCAAGGGACUUAAAGACUGUAUGGACUUUACCAAGGUCCCUGCAGUUAAGCUGAAUGAGCUUCUGGAAGAUUUUUAUGUAACAGUGAAAAAAACAGAUGGAUCAGAUUUUUUGGCUACAUCUCUCCAUGCAAUACGUAGAGGCUUAGACCGCAUUCUGAAGAAUUCUGGGGCAGGCUUCUCUAUCACCAGCAGUGUCUUCAAUUCCUCUUCACAAAAACUCAAGGAAAAACUACGAAUGCUCAACAAAGCUGGAAUGUCAGGCUCCCGGUCACGCAAUAUAGUCUAUUUUACUCUAGCAGAUGAAGAAGAAAUGUGGAGAAUUGGGUGUCUAGGUGAUGAUGGGCCUGUGCCACUAUUGUCCUCAGUGGUAAAAUACAAUAGUCAGUUUCUAAACAUGAGGACCUUGCAGGAACAUGCAGAUCUAAUGUAUGGUGACAUAGAAUUGCUGAAAGAUGGGAAUAAUCAACCUUUCUUUGCUAGAACAGACAGUGUUAAAAGAGACAAACAAGCAAACCCUAAUAAGAUAUGCUAUGGACAGAUUUACCAUGAACAUUCUAAGGGACAUAGACGGUGCCCUUACUGUCUUCUCUAUAAGUACAUGUACGCUCAUCGUCCAUCAUCUCAGAUGGAAGCAAACUCACCAUUUUAUCUGACUGCACGAAAAGAGGUCAGUGGAAUAGAAAAAGUCUGGUAUGAAGAACAGAGAAUGGGGCUUAGAUCAUUACGCGGUGUUGUCCCAAAGCUGGCAAAACGUGUAAAGUUGGAGCAAUGUGACAAUUACACUUUUGUUUCGUUUACACAGACAUUUAGAAAGUUUGGUCCGGUUAACAACUAUUAAGAAUUCCACAAUACACUAAAUGAAUUGCGUGCACAAUGCUGACCAUCAGGAUAUCCUAAAGAACAUGCCAAAAUGGUGUCUUUGACCUGGAGCCUGAUAUCCUUUUUGUCAUAGAAGUUUUUUUUGUAAACUGUGUGUUAUUGUUUGAAUUAGAUUAAGGCAAAUCCCAUGUGAUGACCUGUGUUCACCUCCCAAGCAUUUUAAUAAAAAAAAAUAGUGCCUUUUAGCAAAUACAAGGAGACCACAAACUAAGGAGAUGGAAAAUGCAUUACAAUAGCACAACUUUCAAGAGAUACAUUUAAAAAAAUAAAAAUACUUGUUAUAUAAUUUAUCACAGAUAUUCAUGACAGACAUUAUUCUGGUACCAUUGGUAAUAAAACCGUUAAGCUAAAUUCACGUGAAGAAAAUGUUGCAGAUUAUCCCCUAAAGUUUAAUAAGAGAUAUCUACAAUGGCUUUUAGUAGCUGUGGAUCUUUUGCACAUAGAAAUGUUGCCACCCAUUCUGUUGCCCAUUGGUCUUGAAUUUUCCCAGAAGAUUUCACCACUUUCAUUGUAGGAGGGGUGAAUUCAAUGGUAAAUUGCAUGCAGACUUUACUGCAGAUUUACCAUUGACUGAGGGUAGACUUUGAGUUCACACGUGGCUGAUUUGUUCCAGGUUUGGUAAAAUCUGCAGCAUACUACAGUAUGAAUCAUGGGUUCGAUUUAACAAAUCUUAUCCUCAUGCAACAGAAAUUAAAUUUAAAAAAUUUACAGUGAAGUCAAAUUUAUUACAAAAAUGUGGAAUCACCACAAUUUAUCGUAGUAUGGUCAUCCAGAUUUUUUUUGUACUUCGUACCACAUGAAAACAACAUAAAACAGUGUUUCUUUAAUAGCUAAACAAUCUGGCUUUGUGAAACAUACCUUAAUACAUAUGAAGUAAAGUAUUUUGAGUAAUGGUAUAUGUUUAAGGGGAAAAAAUUAUGGAAUGCUAAAAAAAAAAAUCCCAAAUCAUAAUUUCUUGCUCCUUCUGGGGCUUUUAUGAUAACCUGAAUUGUUAAAAAGCAUAGAGUUUAUUAAUAAUGAACAAUAUCAUCUACAUCUAGCUGGUUUCAACUCUCUAGAAGAGUGGUUGACAGAUCAGCUUUGUAGGAUGAAACCUUGUCAUGGAUCCAAUUUCUUUAAAUUUCCAUACAUUUUCAGAUUAAGACCUGGAUUGUUUGCUUUCUAUGUCAUGGAGUUGAUAAGCCUCUCCUAAAGAGAAGCUUUAAAACUCUUAGCUGUUUUGCAAUAUGCAUUUUUAUCCUAAAAGAAUAACUGCAACAUCACCAAACCUAUUUUCAUUUGAUGGAUUGGGGAAAGUGUCCAGAAUUUCUAUGUGUAGGUGUCCAUAGACUGUGGAGGUGAUGAUGGCCCUGCCCAAUCCUAUAUCAUUGAGAAGGAAAUGAUGGCUGUUUUCUUCUGGCCUCAUCAUUAUGUGUUCAUUAGAACAGCCAAAAUGAGAUUGUAAAAAUGUUUUCAGCUCUCUGUUUUUAACCCCUUAACGACGCAGGACCUAUAUUUACAUCCUGCGCCAGCUCCCGCGAUAUGAAGCAGGAUCGCGCCGCGAUCCCGCAUCAUAUCGGGUCGGUCCUGGCACUCAUCAGUGGCCGGGACCCGCGGCUAAUACCACACAUCGCCGAUCGCGGCGAUGUGCGGUAUUAACCCUUUAGAAGCGGCGGUC